UGCCUUUGUUAACGCUUCCUGCUAACGAAACUUCCGGUCUGAUUUGGUCUCUCCAGAAAGUUCCACGCGGAGGAACAGCAGCUAUAAGAGCCAGACAUCUUGCCCGAAACCGGCUUCAAUUCUGUUUAAAACUUACAUUUUCUUGGAGAGGAAAAUAGCCCACAAGUUGUCGUCAUGGUUCGCGAAACAGGCUACUACGAUCUCCUGGGUGUCGGUCCCAAAGCAUCUGCCGACGAAAUAAAGAAAGCCUACAGAAAACUCGCCCUAAAAUAUCACCCCGAUAAGAACCCCAAUGAGGGAGAGAAGUUUAAGCUUAUAUCCCAAGCGUAUGACGUGCUUUCGGAUCCCAAAAAGAGGGAUCUGUAUGAUCAAGGAGGGGAACAAGCAAUUAAAGAUGGCGGCAUGGGUGGAGGUUCAUCCCCCAUGGACAUUUUCAACAUGUUCUUUGGGGGCGGCGGCGGUGGAAGGAUGCAGCGUGAGAGGAGAGGGAAGAACAUUGUCCACCAGCUUAGUGUUUCACUUGAGGACAUGUACAACGGCAGCACAAGGAAGCUGGCACUCCAGAAGAACGUCAUAUGUGAAAAGUGUGAUGGUUACGGUGGUAAAAAAGGUGCCUUGGAGAAAUGUUCCAGCUGUAAAGGAAGAGGAGUGCAGAUCAAGGUGCAGCAGAUAGGACCGGGCAUGAUUCAGCAGAUUCAAAGCAUGUGUGGUGAUUGCCAUGGUCAGGGCGAGUCAUUUAGCGCAAAGGACCGCUGCAAGAACUGCAAUGGACACAAAGUGGAGCGCAAGAAGAAAAUUCUUGAAGUCCAUAUUGACAAAGGUAUGAAAGAUGGUCAGAAAAUUACAUUUCACGGGGAAGGUGACCAGGAACCAGACCUGGAGCCUGGCGAUGUCAUCAUCGUGUUGGAUCAGAAGGAUCACAGUGUUUUCAAACGAAGUGAAGACAAUCUGAUAAUGAAGAUGAAUAUUAAACUUGUGGAGUCCCUGUGUGGAUUCAGGAAGGCUGUCAACACUCUGGACAACAGAACACUCCUCAUCAGCUCACAACCAGGUGAAGUUAUAAAGAACAAUGCCACUAAGCUGGUGCAGAGCGAAGGCAUGCCAAUAUACAGGAGCCCUUACGAAAAGGGCCAACUCAUCAUCCAGUUUGAGGUGGAGUUUCCAGAAAAACACUGGCUCCCAGAGCAUCUCAUGUACCAACUGGAAAGGCUGCUUCCUCCUAGGGAGGAUGUGCUGAUCACAGACGACACAGAGGAGGUGGAACUCUGCGAGGUGGACGAGCGGACGCAACAGCAAAACUACAGCAGAGAGGCGUACGAGGAAGAUGAGGAUAGUCCCAGAAGUGGGGUGCAGUGUCAGACGCAAUAACUCUAUGGUCUUGUCACACAAGGGACAAGGUGAUCCAGCCCUAGUUUGACCAAUGCCUUCAAGGUUGUUGAAAGGAGCCUUUAGGAUGGAAACAAGAUUAUUUUUCAGUCAAGUGGUACAGUUCAGUUCGGCUUUGGAACUGUAAAACCUGCUCUGCCUUAUCCACAAAUUACACAAAGAAGUGUAGACACGGUGUAGCUCAACCCCACCACUGCUGAACCGUAUUACUGCGGUCUGUAACCCAACAGAAGGGUGGCAAAAGGUGCAUUUCCCACUAUUUCACACUACCAAAUGAUUGGAAUUACAUGGUGAAAACAUAUAGCUUUUAUUUAAUAUUUAAUGCUCCUUGGUCACCAUUAUGCAAUGUUUGUGUUCCUGUUCUAAAAGAAAAGUAAAAUGUAGGCACUACCAUUCUUUUGUGUUUUUUUUCCUCAGACAUAUUUUUCAGAAGCUUAAAAUGACUUCCUGUAUGCUUUCUGUGAAGGACAUUUCAGUCAUACCAAAAACAAAGAUUUUACUUGUCAAUAAAAGUCCCAGUGUG